UUGUACCAUUAAGGGUCGAUUCUUUGUACGCCAUUUAGUGGAAGCUACUAAGACUGGUAGGUUUGGUUUUUCGGAGGAAUCUAAGAACCGUACAGGAGGAAAAGGGGGAAGAAAACAAGAGGGUUUGGUCCGAAUUCAACUCAUCUUUACAGAGAGAAAAAAGAGUCACUUUUAGAGAGAGAGAGAUGUGGAAGAGCAUAGGAGAGGUGGGGGUGGAUGACUAUGUGAAUGCUGGGCUGAGCUUGGAAGAGGCAAAGAGAUUCGACGAAGUGGUGAGAGAUGUGAUUUCGAAGGUCGAAGGGUCUGACCCAAGAGAGCAAUGGAAGGCGUUGGUAGGUUCGAGUGAGCUGAGGCCAUCGCACCCAUAUUCUCUGCAUCAGCUCGUCUACUACUCUGUCUACUCAAACUGGGAUGACUCCCUUCAUGGCCCUCCUCUCUACUGGUUCCCUUCUCUGACUGAAUCGAAAUCGACAAACUUGGGAAGGUUGAUGGAAACUCACUGUCCUAGGCUUCUGGGUUCUUCCUACAAUAACCCAAUUGAAAGUUUUGGCCUUUUCCGAGAAUUCUCUCUCCAACACCCUGAUGUUUAUUGGUCGAUUGUUCUUGAUGAGCUCUCACUGGCAUUUUUCUCUUGUCCGAGGUGCAUUCUUGACACUACUGACAAAUCAAAACCUGGAGGGACAUGGCUUCCUGGAGCGGUUUUAAACAUCGCUGAGUGUUGUUUACUUCCUUCAAGCCACCCUAGAAAGGAGGAUGAUAGUGUGGCCGUUGUAUGGAGAGAUGAAGGCUCUGAUGAUGACGAUGAUUCCCAUGUCAAUCGUAUGACACUGAAGGAACUCCGAGAGCAAGUAAUGAUGGUGGCAAAGGCAUUGGCUGGAGUUUUCGCAAAGGGCGACACAGUAGCAAUUGAUAUGCCAAUGACGGUGAAUGCGGUGAUUAUAUACCUGGCCAUUGUAUUGGCCGGAUGUAUCGUUGUAUCAAUUGCAGACAGUUUUGCAGCUAAGGAAAUUGCUACACGGUUAAGAGUUUCUAAGGCCAAAGGCAUAUUCACUCAGGUGUCAUUUCCUGCCUUUUAUGUAUUCUGUCUCUCGUUUACCUUAUCAGACAGUGUAUUUAUUCUGUUCGGGUUGCAUUCUCAGGACUAUAUAUUUAGAGGAGGUCGGAGAUUUCCUUUAUACAGUCGAGUGGUGGAGGCCGCUCCAUCUAAGGUCAUUGUCCUCCCUGCCACUGGAACUGAACUCGGUGUUCAGUUAAGAGAACAGGACUUAUCAUGGAAUGACUUUCUUUCCAACGCAAAAAACCAUCCUAGAGGCGUAUACUACUUUUGUCCAGCUUAUCAGCCCGUGGAUGCUAUGAUUAACAUUCUCUUCUCAUCUGGUACUACAGGUGAACCGAAAGCUAUCCCCUGGACGCAGCUCUCCCCGAUUCGAAGUGCUUGUGAUGGAUGGGCGCAUGUUGAUAUCCAGCCAGGUGAUACAUACUGUUGGCCUACAAAUCUCGGGUGGGUAAUGGGACCAACCCUAAUAUUUUCAUGCUUUCUUGCUGGUGCGACGCUUGCUCUAUAUCACGGGUCUCCCCUUGGCCGCGGUUUUGGAAAGUUUGUUCAGGAUGCAGGAGUUACCGUUCUGGGUACGGUUCCGAGCUUGGUGAAAACAUGGAAGAGCACAAAGUGUAUGGAAGGCCUUGAUUGGUCAAAGAUAAAGAGUUAUGCAACCACGGGUGAAGCUUCCAAUGUCGAUGACGAUCUCUGGAUUUCAUCGAAAUCCGGUUAUAAACCCGUGAUCGAAUGCUGUGGUGGUACAGAACUUUCAUCAUCUUACAUCAUAGGAUGCCCACUUCAACCUCAGGCUUUUGGAGCAUUCAGCACUCCUUCCAUGACUACUGGAAUCGUCAUCCUCGAUGAAAAUGGCUUCCCUUUCCCCGGUGAUGAUAAACCCUGUUCCGGAGAGAUAGCUUUGUUCCCUCGAUACCUCGGGGCCACAGAUAGACUCCUGAAUGCAGAUCAUGAUGCAGUUUACUUCAAGGGAAUGCCUUUCUACAAAGGAAUGCGUCUCAGAAGGCAUGGGGAUAUCGUGAAGAGAACUGUUGGAGGAUAUUACACUGUUCAAGGCCGAGCCGAUGAUACCAUGAACCUUGGAGGCAUCAAGACGAGCUCUAUUGAGAUUGAACGAGUUUGUGACAAUGCCGAUCAGUGCGUUUCCGAGACCGCUGCAAUCAGCGUGGCACCGAGAGAUGGCGGUCCGGAAAUGCUGGCCAUACUCGUGGUCUUGAAGAAAGGGUUUAAAAAGAAACCUGAAGAACUGAAGAAUAUGUUCUCCAGAGCUAUCCAGAGAGAUCUCAAUCCUCUCUUCAAGGUAAGCAUUGUUAAGAUUGUGCCCGAGUUUCCAAGAACAGCUUCGAACAAGUUACUGAGGAGAGUUCUGAGAGAUGAGAUGAAGCAGGAACUGUCCGUAUGGAGCAGAAUCUGAACUGGAACAUGUCCACGGAUUCACAGUACGGAGCAGAAUCUAAACUGGAACAAUGAUCGUAGAAUCACAGUCACUGUAUCUUACUUUUCAAUAAAUUGUUUACUUUAAUCUUCGGUUUGAAUAGCCAAUGAAUAUACUAUAUAUAUAUAUGCGUGUAUAUAAAUGUAAGGACUGUUAUAUGAGAUGUGAUUGUUUAAUUA